CCAUCAUGGAGGAUAAACAAGCGCUCACCUAACUCUAAUGGCCUCCUCUGCUUUCUACAUGGAGACGUAGGCAACCGCAACCACAUUACAUCUGUUGCGAAGCAGCCUCCUCUUACUAGUCAAAGAGACCAAGUCCGCCGUCUCUCAUCGACCCUUAACCGCAACCACGGCCGCAGCAUCCUCGUCUUCGACCUCGCCAUGCUCAACGGCGUCAUGUAUUCCCUCCGCCGGAAGCCUGGGUUAUCGGGCGCGUCGGAGCCACCGGCCGGCGUGAAGCACGCCGGAUCAUACAUCCGGAGGCGCGGCAACCUCCCGGUCCUCGUCGUCGUCGUGGCGAUCGUCGUCUUUGCCUUUGUCAUGUACAGCGAGAGCGUCAAGUCCCUCACCGAGUACUCCCUCGCCCGACGCAAGACGGAAGAGUCCUUGCCGGUGAUCUUCUCCAGCCCCGUCGUGGAAUUCCGAAGACAGCCUGCUUCCAAUCGACACCACAAAGCUGAUGAUCCCAGGCGUAAGAAGACCCGGGGGACGAAGAAGAAGCAGCAGCGGAAGGAGAAGAAGGGGAGCGGUAAGGUGCCGGAGGUUCAAGAGUUGCCCAUCACCGUCGACAGCACGGCUGAUGCCGGGGUGAACGUGACCGUGGUCCAAGAACUGCCCAUCGCAGCCGACAACGCGGCAGCCGCCGUCACGAACGUGAUGGCUGCUAAGGAGGCCGACGGUGGCAUCACAACGCCGUCCGUCACCGGAGAAGAUCCCAGCGUGUUCAUGCCGGAUACGUGCGACCUCUCGCGUGGCGACUGGGUCUACGACGACGUGAACUACCCGCUCUACCGCGAGGACCAGUGCGAGUUCCUGUCCACGCAGGUGGCGUGCUUGAAGAACGGACGGAAGGAAGACAUGUACCAGAAGUGGAGGUGGCAGCCCAAGGAUUGCUCCUUGCCCAAGUUUGACGCGAGAUUACUGCUGGAGAGGCUGCGAGGGAAGCGGCUAAUGUUCGUGGGCGACUCGCUGAACCGGAAUCAGUGGGAGUCGAUGGUGUGCAUGGUGCAGUCAGCGAUUCCACCCGGCAAGAAGGGGCGGAAAUGGGAUGGCUCGCGUAUCAUCUUCAUCGCAGAGGAGUACAACGCAACGGUGGAAUUCUACUGGGCGCCGUUCCUGGUGGAAUCGAACUCCGACGAUCCGCACGUUCAUAGCAUCCUGGACCGGAUCAUCAAGGCGGAUUCGAUCGAGAAGCACGCGGUGCACUGGAAGGGGGUGGACUACCUCGUCUUCAACACCUACAUCUGGUGGAUGAACACUCUCGAAAUGAAAGUCCUGAGACCCUCAGCAAGAAACUGGACAGAGUACGAUGGGAUUGGGAGGCCGCAAGCUUACGAGAGAGUCAUGAGGACUUGGUCAAGAUGGCUGGAUGAGAACGUGGAUCCCAGGCGCACAUCCGUGUUCUUCAUGAGCAUGUCUCCUCUCCAUUCCAGGAGUUCGGACUGGGGAAAUCCGAACGGAAUCAAGUGCUCGAAGGAGACGCUGCCGCUGACGAACGUGACCGGCGUGCACCUGGGCACGGACAUGCGCAUGUUCGAGCGGGCGAAGAAAGCGGCGCAGUCGACGUCGCGGGUGCCCAUCGCCUUCGUAGACAUCACCACGAUGUCGGAGCUCCGCAAGGACGCCCACACCUCGGUGCACACGACGCGGCAGGGGGCGGUGAUGACGGCGGAGCAGCAGGCCAACCCGGCCGUGUACGCCGACUGCAUCCACUGGUGCGUGCCGGGCCUCCCCGACGUCUGGAACCAGCUUCUGUACGCCAAGAUCCUCUCCGCCGCCAGAUCCCGGAGCCAAUGACUGCAUCAAAUCAUCUUGAUCAGUAUUUCUUUAUUUUUUUUCCCCAUUUUCUUGAUUGUUAUUCUCUUUACUGCCAAAAAUCAACACAGAUGGUUAUGUAGAGAUUGUAAUCUAAAUUUAUGACCAGCUGAAUGAAAUAUCACAAUCUUAUUGUUGUGUCAA